AUGGCAAAUCUUGAAAUUGAUCUGGAGAGUGUUCGGCAAGAUUACCGAGCGUCCUUACAAGAUUUGACGUUUAACUCAAAACCAAUAAUAACAAACCUAACUAUUAUUGCUCAAGAAAACUUACCGGCAGCAAGGGCAAUUGUACAAGCCAUUGAGGACCAAAUCAGAACU